AUGACGGCCAUAAGCGUGGACAGACUUCUCGCCUUGUUGUUAGGGCUAAGGUACAGAGAACUCGUAACUUUGAAACGUACUUAUAUCAUUGUAGCUACCUUUUGGGUGUUAUCUGGUUUCACUGCGUUAAGCUACCUUUUAGAUCCCCGUAUAGCCACGUGGUAUACCUCUUUAGCUAGACCAUGUUGCAUAUUUAUCGCACUGGCUUUGUACAUAAAGAUUUCCCGCUCGCUCAGUCGUCAUCAGGCUCAUGUACAAGAUCACGUCCAACAGCAGCCGAACCAACCAAACGCAUUGAAUAUGGCGCAGUACAGGAGGGCAGUGUACAGUGCCUUGUGGGUGCAGUUAGCAUUAGUUGUUUGUUAUGUGCCAUUUAGUAUAGUGGAAACUGUGAUCGCUUUUAGCAAAACAUAUUCAUCACACUUAGUCAUCAACUGGGGAAUAGCACUUUCCUUAGUCUAUUGUAACUCAACUUUAAACCCGUUUAUUUACUACUGGAGGAUUAGGGAAGUAAGGCGAGCGGUGAAACAUACAGUCAGACAAGCACUUCACUUGCAUGGUCAAGAAGCAAUAGAGACGUGA